GAGACACGCAAGCGAAGUCUCACCCCCUGCAACUUAAUUCGUCUUUCAAUCAAAUACCCACACACGCACACGCACACACACGCUCAACGACGAGGCAGCGAAGGAUAGGUGUGCUUGCUGCCGUAUGCUUCACCCACGUUACACACCCCAAGUCUGAUGGUGUAGGCCCGAUAAUAGCAGCGCGGCACCAUGGACGUAUUUGGCAAGCGCCACCGCGUCGUCGGAGGCCUCCUCUCCGUCGCGCCUGACUGGUACGUUUGGUUCUGGGCCUACCUGCUCACGACCGGAUCCGCCGCCGCGGUCGUGUAUCUUUCACACGACAUGUGGCCACGAGCGCACCAGGCCAUCGCGUACGGUCUCAUCUUGGCGAACCAAAUCUCCUCGUAUGUUCUGCUCCUCUCCGACCCCGGUAUAUACCCGCGGAGGCAGCCGCCAGACGAGCCUCCACCGUCAGCAGACGGCACCGCCGACGCUGAGAAAGGCGAAGGGCGGUCGUACUGCCGUCACUGUCGUCUCUACAGGCCGCCCCGCUGUUCCCACUGCUACGUCUGCGGGGUGUGCAUCCUCGAGCACGACCACCACUGCGUACUCCUCGGCGUCUGCGUAGGAAAGCGCAGUAUGCGGUGGUUCGUCGUGUAUUUAGUCACCACCACGCUUCAGCUCUACGCGGGCAUGUUCUUCCUCAUCCUAUCCUUCCGACGAACACCCUUCGAGGAGGACUGGAAGAGGCUGCCGCCUCCCGAUGGGGCGCAUGCGUGGACACCCGAGGCCGCCGAGGCCUUCAACAAUCACGCGGCGUUUACCAUUCUCUUUCAUCUCUCCGUGAUGGGGAUCAUCGCUGUAUUAAUGGUGCCGGUCACGGUGGGCACGGUGGCCUACGUGCUGUUGCCGCUGACGAACACAACGUGGCGUGAGGCGAAGCGCGAUGGGAUCCACCUGCGCAAACCCGAAGACUUCAGGCGGCAUUUUUGGAUAUCGCAGCUGUUCGUGAACAUCCACAAAAUGCUGUGCGCCGGUCCGUCGUUGCUCUCCACCCGGGGCAAGAAAUAG